AUGUCGGCGUCAAAGAUCAAGAUCAUCGCCAACCCGCACUACAAGAAGUCGGGUACAAAGUCGUACGUGCAUAUGAUGCGCAAGUACCGCUUUAACCCGACCCAACCUGGUCCGUACUUCCUCGGCCAUUCCAUGCACCAGACCGGCCGACAGUAUACCGAUAAGCCUGUUGGCGGGCGCGUCCAUAUGCAACAGGUGUUGAAGAAGAAGAGCGUCGAUACGGAGCAGGUAGGCGAGGUAAGUGCCGAGGAUGUGCAGAAUGAUUCGAUGUAUCUCGCCCAAGUGGGUAUUGGUAGCCCCGCCCAGAACCUGAACUUGGACUUUGACACGGGAUCUGCCGAUCUAUGGGUUUGGUCCACCAAGUUGCCGUCGGCAACCCUGUCUCAGUACACCAAUCACACCGUCUUUGACUCCAGCAAGUCGAGCACGUUUAAGACCCAGGCAGGCUCGACCUGGAAGAUCUCUUACGGAGAUGGAUCUUCUGCUUCCGGUACAGUCGGCACUGAUGAUGUGAACAUCGGUGGCGUGGUUGUCAAGAACCAGGCUAUCGAGCUGGCAGACACCAUGUCGGCCACAUUUGCCAGUGGGGCCGGUGAUGGUCUGCUGGGCCUUGCAUUCUCCAGUAUUAAUACCGUGCAACCGACUUCGGUAGCCACCCCCGUCGAUAAUAUGAUCACCCAGUCCGACAUCCCAUCGACGGCUGAGUUGUUCACUGCCAAGUUGGGAUCAUGGCGCGAUGCCGAUGAGCCCGAUAAGGGCGAGUCCUUCUAUACAUUUGGCUACAUUGACCAGGCCACUGUGACGGCAGCCGGAGCAGACAUCACCUACACACCUGUUGACAAGAGCCAAGGAUUCUGGCUCUUCGAUUCCACUUCUGCGACCGUGAAUGGCAAGACCAUCACUCGAUCGGGCAACACUGCCAUUGCCGAUACUGGUACCACCCUUGCUCUUGUGGAUGAUGCCACUUGCAAGGCUAUCUAUGAUGCUAUCCCAGGAGCCACAUAUGAUAGUGAGACCCAGGGAUACAUCUAUCCUUCCGAUACCACCGUUGAUAACUUGCCCGUUGUUUCGUUUGCCGUUGGCGACAAGCAAUUCGUCGUGCAGAAGGAGGAUCUUGGCUUCUCUGAGGCCAAGACUGGAUAUAUCUAUGGUGGAAUCCAGAGCCGUGGUACCAUGGACAUGGAUAUUCUGGGUGAUACCUUCCUGAAGGGAAUUUAUGCCGUCUUUGAUGUUGGCAACACUCAAUUCGGUGCUGUUCAGCGCAAGGAGCUCAACCAGAACCUUGCUACUCCUUCGGACUAA